AUGAACGCAACGAAUGCUACCGCGACAACCUCAAUGCCCGCCGUGGCGGCAAUGGGGCGAACAACGCCCCCCUUCAUCAAGCAUUGCAGCAAUCUUGCCAUUCCUGGGAUCCUUCUUGUCAUACUUAUGGGUUAUGUUUACGUUGCUGCAAGAUACGGUGUCAACCAGUGGGGUUGGUUUGGGGGGACGUCAGGUCGCACAAAUGUCAAGCUGACAAGCGCUUUGCAGUACGUUUCCUGUGUGUCUCUGUGUAGGCUGGGUAUGACUAUAUAUUCCUCCAAGCCUCUGGAUUGGUCAUCCAAGGCAUUCGAUGAUAAACCAAUGAGGCUGUUGUUGAUGGCGAGACUGGCGGUUUGUGGAAUGAUAUUGGCACUGGUUGUGAGGUUCAAUCGCUGGUGGCGCAAAUCGGGAUGGCACAUGUGGACGUCGAUGCACUACCAGGGGUCUGAAAAGUACUUUGGAGUACUCUUGUUGUUCGUCAUCAACCUUCUUUGCCUUGCUUAUGAGGAGCUAAAGUAG